AUCGAGGCACCACUGUAAUGAGAAAUAAUUUUCAUUUUACCUUUAAGCGUCAUAAUGAAUUAGAUAGAUAGAUUUAUAGAUAAUUAAGAAUCAUGGAUAACCGUAAAGCUCAAUUCAUUUUAGAUAAUUUGACUCGCUUGGCCGAAAAAUUUGAACUAAAUGAAGCAUUUUGGGAACGUUUUGAAAAGGAGAAUAUUUUUCCCAAAACUUAUAUCGAACAUAUGAAAAAUGGCAAUGGACUUGAUACGGAAAAUUUGAAAAAAAAUUUAUUAAUCGACAUUACUAAACGCCAUUCAUCAUCAUAUGAGAAAAUGUCAAAAAUAUUUCGUGAUUUAUUCGAUUGUGAUUUUUUGGACCAUUGGUGUAAAAAUUAUUAUCCAAAUACACGUCCAGGUUAUUGUUUGAUAAUCAAUAAUGAAAAAUUUGAAACCAUCGAUAAUCGGACCGGAUCCAAUACAGAUGUUACAAAACUUUGUGAUGCAUUCGAACGUUUAAAUUUCAAAGUGGAAACUCGUUCUAAUCUAAGUAAAGAUGAGAUGUUAGAUUUAAUGAAACAAUUGAACGAAGAUGAUUCAUUAAAAAAUUAUGAUAUUUUCAUGUUGAUAGUUAUGUCACAUGGAUAUUCUUCACAUUUUAUGACUGUGGAUGAAAAAUAUUUGAAAUACAAAGAAAUUGAAGACAAUUUUAGCCAUAAAAAAUGUCCACAAUUGAAAAAUAAACCAAAAAUCAUAAUUUACAAUUGUUGUCGUGAAGCAAUAACGGAUAAAAUUGCUAAACAAAUCAAUGAACAAAGUUCCGAAAGGCAAGAAUCAAUAGAUGAUGGAAUCAAAGAUAUGAUAGUCAUUUAUUCCACUCUUGAAAAUUAUUUAUCUGUUCGCGAUGAAGAGCAAGGAACUUUUUUCGCCAAUGCUUUAGUUCAAUCAUUGAAUGAAUUUAAAGAUACAGAUUUGGAUAAAAUCAUACAACACGCAAACAAACUGUUGAUUGAAAUGUCACAAAAUGAAUCGAAUCACAUUGAACGUCGUCAAGUGAUUGAAUGGCGUAAAAUAGGUAUAACGAAAUAUAUUUAUUUUAAAACUUCCUAAUUAAUUGGAAACUUUGAUAUUUAUAUACAAAUUUAACGUCCAAACAUUUAACAAGCAAUAUUAAUUUUUCAUGUUGCUUGGAUAUUGCUUUUUUUAUAUAUACUUUUAUUAUGUGACGAA